UUAUUUUAAAUUAAAAUGAUGCACAAAGUGAAUGGAAGUGGCACUAAGAAAUGUGAGUUAAUUUUGCAAACUCACGUCGGCAUCAAACACUUUCAAAUAAAGCAUAACGCAAUGAAAUGCACAAUAUAUUUCCACUCUUGGCCUCAGUCCAAGUCUCUGCACAACAUUCUUCUCCGUUUCAUUUCCUAAACCAUUCAUCCUAUAUUAACGAAACGGUCAAAAAGGAAUUGCAGGAUCUUCCAUGAUACAAGACAUAACUAUUGCCAAAGGCACAAUUUCAUGCACAUAGUUUGCAGUUAACGGUGGAGACCUUCCGUCCACCUGUCCGGGCUGCAUGACACAUUGGUUGAGAAGCCAGCCUCUACAAUAUUCAUUCAUUUCCCUCUCCAUGUCAUCCGCAGUUUUUAGGUUUGAAAAAUAUUUUGAUAUUAUACAUUACUAAAAACCAUUUUUAUAACAAGUUACAGAUAAGUAACUCCAAUAUACCCAACUCAACAUGCGCUUAAAUGGAACCAAAAAAAAUGUUUUGGAUUUACAUUAAAAAUUAGGCAUGCAACGCGAUGCAUGGCGCCCACGCACGACAGGUACGCAUAUUGCACUGCUCGAAUGCUAUCUUAAAAUUUUAAACACCCGAUAAAUAAGCACAGAUUCCUGAGAAGCAGCAUUAAUCAGCUUGCACUGAACUUGCAUCGCUUUCCCGCAGCCUCCCGGUGCCUACAGUGCGGCUGCGCGGGGUCUCGCGCGUCCUGGGCCUCUCUAUGAAUCACGGCCGUUGGGGUCGUCCGUUCAAAAGCAGGUCCACGGCGAACGAUCGCGGCCCGGCACCUCGCAUCUGACACUUAUGUCAGGCUUUCGCUGCCAGCUGAGGCACCGGCCAUCCUCUAGAAAAAUGUUAUUGCCUCCUCCACCCUGGUGUCGCUCCUCCCCCGUCCCGCCUCCCGACGGUGAAACCGGAAUUGGGUUGUGGCGGGCGGGCGGUGGAGGCGGAGGCGCAGCGAGACGUGCACACGUCGAGGGGACAGAGCGGCGCUGCUCGCUUGUCUGGAGAUGGGGCUGUUCGAGCGUGUGAGGAGGCAGUGGUUCCUGGUAGGCAUCGUGCUGGUGAUCACCUUCGCGAAGCUGCAACCUUCGGUGGGGAUGCAUGGAGGACCCUUGAAACCAGAAAUUACGAUAACUUAUAUUGCAGUUUCAACUAUAUUUUUUAACAGUGGGCUUUCAUUAAAGACUGAGGAGCUGACUAAUGCUCUGAUGCAUGUCAAACUCCACAUGUUUGUACAGACCUUUACACUUGCAUUUUUCCCGACUGCUAUUUGGUUUUUUCUUAAAUUAUUAGCUCUGACGUCUAUAAACCCAUGGCUUUUAAAAGGUUUGCAGACUGUUGGCUGUAUGCCACCUCCAGUGUCAUCUGCUGUAAUCCUAACCAAAGCAGUUGGUGGAAAUGAGGCAGCUGCUAUUUUCAAUUCUGCUUUUGGAAGUUUUCUGGGGAUUGUUAUCACACCCUUACUACUACUACUGUUUCUGGGAUCUUCAUCUGCAGUGCCAUUUACUUCCAUUUUCUCUCAGCUGUUCAUGACUGUAGUAGUUCCACUCAUUAUAGGGCAGGUUGCUCGACGAUACAUCAAGGAUUGGCUUGAAAGAAGGAAGCCACCGUUUGGUGCUAUUAGCAGCUGUGUGCUCCUUAUGAUCAUAUAUUCAACAUUUUGUGAUACUUUCUCCAAUCCAAAAAUUGACCUGGAUACAUUUAGUCUUGUAUUAAUUGUUUGUAUAAUAUUUUCCCUUCAGCUGAGUUUCAUGUUUUUAACCUUUUUCAUCUCAACAAGAAAAAAGUCAGGUUUUACGGCUGCAGACACAGUUGCCAUUAUGUUCUGUUCCACACAUAAAUCACUGACUCUUGGAAUUCCAAUGCUGAAGAUAGUAUUUUCAGGGUAUGAACAUUUAUCCCUCAUCUCUGUUCCAUUACUCAUCUAUCAUCCCACCCAGAUUCUGCUAGGCGGUCUGUUAGUUGGAACAGUGAAAUCCUGGAUGAUCACUCGUCAAAAAGCACUGAGCCUCUCAAGACAGGUGAAGAUUCCUGUAUAACAUCGGUGGAAUCUUUUAUUUUGUAUCAAUGUACAUACAUAUCAUGCAGUGUACAGUAUGUAAAACUUAUAGAAAAUGAUUAAGUGAACAUUUAUGCCUAAGAAAUUUGCAUAUGUUUAAUUUUGAAAAUAUAUAUUAUUAAGUGCCUUAAGAGUACAACUGAAUUUCUCAGUUUGUUUUCUCCAUGCACAAGAAUUGUUGCAUGAAUAAGAGGGGAAUAUUCCAGCAAUUUGUUCAAGGAGUAUGAAUGACUUUAAAUGGCAAAAAUUAUUUACAAAACACAUGGCAAAAUGCUGUUUAGCUGUCAAAUAUAAGGGGUUUUCUUUAUGUUUCUUUUUCUUAAAUAAAUUCAAAUGUUGUAUUGGGCAUUUCCAUUCGCAUUCCCCCAUGCUCCCCACCAACCCACCAUAAAACUUUAUCCAUAAUGUUCUAACAUUAGUUGCCCUCUUUCUAUAUUCAAUUCACCAAGCUUUUUGUCUUUUGUCCCUUGAGAAUUCCAUAGUAUGUCUAAGUGCUGUUCUAGUGGGCAAGGGACAGAAAUUAACUCUGUUAGUGUCUGUUCCCAUUAAAACCAAAGUGCUUGACAUUUAUUGAAUUGAAGGGUAGUGGAUGUAUUUAAGUGGUUUUUUGCCAGAUUGACGGUAGACAAGGCAAUUAAUGGAAGGCCUCCAAUCAAGUUGAAUCACUACCCUUAAAUCAGUCAGAUUAACCUAUUCAAAUGAGGCAUAAUUAAAACUGGGGUAGAUAUUAUGGUUUAACCGUUACUGAAUGUGGGAAAUACUGAAUAUUCUACAUUCAUUCAAUCAUUCAGCCUUCUGUAAAUUCUCUGCAGGAAACUCCUUGGAAGUAUUAGUAUAAUUCUACUGUUUCAUAAUGGUGUGCCUGAAUUUAAAUUUGAUGAAACAAAAUUUUGUGUCUUAAUAUUUUGGUUGAUGGAGAAUCUAUCCAAUAUUAACAACCUUGUAAAUUAACUAUUAGAAAGCAUUGAAGGUUCUGGAAGCUUCCAUAUCAUUUUAUGUUACCAAAUUAAUGUAUUAUGAGGACCUGCAUUAUUUUAUUUUACAUGCACCUUUUUACAUAACAUAAUAUGUGAUGUUACAACCUGAAUUAAAAUAGACUCUUUGGUGGAUUUCUGCUACUUAAGUAUAAAAGAUAAAGGCACAAUUCUUUUGGACAGUUACAUGUUCAUUUAUUAAAUGUAACACAGGGAUACUUUUUAUGAUUGCAUUUAUAAAUUCUCAAGUAUUAUCCUUGAAGUAAUGGGGCCAUUAGUGACAUAUAAUUAGUAUUAGUGCAAAUUAGAUCAAUCCUUCCUUGCAUUUGGCUUUACUUCUGCUUAAGUCUUCGAUUAUCAAGUCUUUGGUUUCACUGUCCUUUGCCAAGUUGUUUUCCUCGUUUGCAAUUGUUUCUUAACAUCGUCACUUUGUAUUUGUUUUUGGGCAAAAUAGAUCUUAGGUGAAAUACUGUAUCUUCUGAGAGUUGGGUAAGCAUAUAAAAGUUAUUGGUUGUGAGUCAUUACUAUUAAUAUGUUUAAACCUCAUUGAAUGUCAUGUAGCUCAUUAUUGUUAGAACCAAUUUAUUUCGUGUUCAUUCAAUUUACUUUUUUUAUUGUUACAUGGCUUAUCAAUAAAACAAAAUGAUUCCACAGUUCACACA